CCCACCAUCCCCAAGCUCAUCCAUCCCUUACAACCAGCUCUUCCAUACCUCUUCCUGCGUAGCUCUUGGAUAAUUCAGCAAUUGAGUACAAGAGCUGCGCAAACAGAAGCCGCAGUGCGAGCAGAAGGAACAGAAGCGUCAACGGGAUACGUAAUGAAGCUCCCUUACACGUAAUUGAGGCUUGCGGAAGGAACAAAGCGCUACCCCCUCGCGCGACAACAUUUUCGGUCACAUUCUGAGGUUUGAAGCUCGGAAAUAUGGUGGAUGAGGAUAAGAAGAAUCGAGAGAGCGCUUCGACUCGUCUAGCAUUUCUGCUCAUCCUCACCUCGGAGGAACAUCGGCAAUGUCGGAUAUUCCUGCAUCCGCCUCUCCAGCAGCUACUAAUAUUGGCAGAAGGAUGCUACAAACUGCUGUCCCUCCGUGUCCGCCGCCAGGCGUCCUGAUCUCCUACAACUUCCGCCUCUACUGCAUCACAUGCACUGUAGAUCAGGAGCUUAUAACGGGGGACGACUUCCCCUGGUGCCGUGCAGUGGACUGCAGCACCAGAUACGGAGGAUCUAGACCUAUCUGGAACAUCACCACAAAUCUCUGCCAGACGCCGCUUCUACCCUCCCCUUAUGCGGCCAACUGUCUCCCCGGGUUCAUCUGCACAUCCCCACCCCCUCCCAGGACCCCUUCCCUCUCCCCUCCGCCACCCAUCUGGUUCCAACCUCAGUUUCCUCCCCCUAACUUACCCUUAGCACCCUCCAGAUCCUCUCCAUUCCCCCUCCCCACCUCCCCCUCUCCGCCUGCUGGUAGCUCAUUCCAACCUUCUCUCCCAGGCUCGCCGUUCUCACCAACUACACCCUCAUACCCGUUACAGCCACCCUCGCCACAAGCACAGACCUCGACACCACCUCCCCCUCCUCAGCCUGUCGACUGUGGGCCCCAUGGCACGCCAGCAGCACCUGACAGCAGCCAGUGCGUCUGUUCCCAAGGCUGGACUAACGAUCCAAACCAGAGCCUCGGCCAAGCCUUCCGGUGGUGCACCCUACCUGAAGGCGCGGCGUCAUUUCCCACGCCGCUUCCGUCAAAUCCCAAACCUCCUGGAAGCGUUGGAAAUGAUGGCAUCGGGGUUGGAAGGGGUUCUAGCAAUCUUCCAAAUUCGAAGGGGUACGAGGGACAAAGUGGGAGUAAAAAUGGCACAGGUGGUUUGGGGACAGGAAUGAUAGUGGCUAUAGUGGUUGUGAUUGUGGUGAUUGUUCUUGUGUGCUGUGGCUGUGCGGUGUGCGGGGCGUGCAUGUGGAGGCAGAGGCAAGCUGAGAGGAAGGCUAUGGAGGAUAUGAGGUCUGAGGUGACGCGCAUGACAAUGUCCUCCUAUGGAGGUUCGUUUAGUGUCCACCCCUACUCUAAACCAGUGGGGGUGUUGCCAGAGGUUGUGAUGGGUGUAGGGUCUCAGAGUUACAAAGCUACCCCUCUUCCUGGUGGAUCGUUUCCUCUUAGGUAUGGGGGUUCUGUGGUUGAAAUUGGUGUAGAUGGCAGAAUGGGGUCUGUUUCAGUGCCGUCCUUCCCUCCUGCCAAUGGAGGUACUAUGCGACGGCCAAGCAUAGGAUGCAACGAUGUUCUAUGCUAAGUCAAAACUAGAAGUAUGGAUGCAAUAAGAUUGUUGGAUUUUAGAUUGUCACUUGCAACUGUAGAUGUGGGUCCAUAUCUCCCUCGCUUUUGUUAUUUCCUUUGUCCCCUCUAUGGCGUAUGAUAUCGACCAGUUUGUGUAGAACAGCACACAUCGCUCCUAGGUAGAUCCACCCAAUCACGAGGCAAAGCUAUUGUCAAGCUUCCCUCCCGCGCCUAAGACCUGCUCCUAGAAGCGAAUUCUGUAGUACACCGUAUUGUAGGUAGGUCUCGAGGUUUGAAGUCUAUGUUAUCCCUCCUGUGAAAGACAGUUUCGUUCUCAGCAGUGUUCCCGCGCAUGGCUCCACCCUCGCAAUGUGCAUGUGCCUGGCAGCAGCAUCACCUGCCGCGCUUGCAUCGACAUCUAGCAACGAACUACGCGCGAUCGCGUGUGCGACACCCGGCGACGAGCCUUCGCCAGACCUCGGGAUCGCCUACUUGGAAGGACAGGCAUUCGCUCCUGGCCUUCUCCGAUCUCUCCCACAAUAGCACUACUAGCUUCAGCCUAAACCGAAUAGUAGUACCGACUUCUCGAAGGCAGAUCGCCAGGCAUAACAUGCUUGAUGGAGGUUCCGCGUUGUUUACAAGUCGAAUGGCUUCGAGUCGAAAGGUUUUCACCGUACAGUGGUCUGCUUAUAGCGGAACAUCCGCGCGGCCGAGGAGGCGAUUGGCUCCCGCAGUUUCAGCGCGUUUGGGCUCCGGAGACGAGGCGUCGGGGCCUUUCGCUAAGCUGGCGUCUCUAAUUCCGACGCCUAAGACCUCCGCCACACCGACUUCCAAAUCCGCAUCCACCCCUACUAGUUCUAGCAGCACGCAGAAGAGGAAGAAUUCGGCCGGCGAAGAUGGGAAUGUGGGGAAGCGUGUUGUGGACUCUUCCGACGCACAGCUUGACGGAACGAGUGGCGGGCGAAAGCAGGAGACGUUGCUUGGUCAAAACGAGCUGGAGCAGCAGCAGCAGGAGAAGUAUGAGGGGGAGCAGGGGAAGAAGCAGCAGAAGCAGCUGAUGAAGGAAGGGUCAAGGCAAGAAUCCAGUGGGGGGAACGAUAAGGGGAAAAGGGGUGAUGCUGCGGAUGGUAGGCUUGCAGGAAAUCGUCAGAAGCAGCAGCAGCAGCGAGGAGUGAAGGUCGAGAGCAGUCAGGGAGGGAUGAAAGCAGAGGGCCAGGAAAGAGGGGCGAAAUCAGGUCAGAAGGAGAAGAGAACGAGAGGGGGUGGAAGUGGGUUAGGCUACCAGGAUCAGCUGCGGGCAUUGCAGGUUCAGAUUCAAGGAGCAGAGAUUGGGGCAAUGGAGAAGCAGCAGCAAGUACCAGCUGGAAUGAGCCGAUCUGAGGAAAGAGAAGAGCAAAGGAGGAGAAACGGGUCAGAGGAGAGCAGGAAGGGAGAAGUGCAGGGACGUACAGUUCCGGACACGCCGCAGCAAGCGGCAACACCAAUGAGCCAGUCUGAAGAAAGAGGGGAGCAGCAGGGGAGAAACAAGCCAGGGAUGGGGAAGGGAGAAGUGCAGGAACGUUCUUCGCACACGCAGCAGCAAGCAGCAGCAGCACGAGUGAGCCGGUCUGAAGAAAGAGAAGGGCAGAGGGGGAGAGACAGGUCAGAGAGAUGGAAAGGGGAAGCGAAGGGGGAAGCGAAGGGAGAAGUGAAUGGAGAAGUGCAGAGAACGGAGGCGCGAUACCCCUGGGAUGAUCUGGACGACCAAGCUCAGCGGGGGGACGAGGCAGAGGGAGUGAGGGCGGAGAGUGGAGGAGAGAGUGUGGAGGAAGGGGAGGAGAAGGGGAGGGUUCACAGGGUUGAGAGUGCUGAGGGCAGUGGCGGGACUGCUGCUGCAGCCAAUACUGGCGUUAGCAAACAGAGCAGAAGAGAGGCGGGCAAGAGUAGAGGGGCGGAAAAAGGGUCCAAAGUGGAGGCAAAUGAUGGUCGGGCUGGCAAUAGAGGGAGCAGGGGGGACCAUGGUGAGGAUAGCAGGGAGAUCAAGAGCGGGGGUGCAAGAAAAAGGGAGGAGGGUGGGAAAAGCACCGAGGAAGGUGGAAUAGACGAGGAGGGUACGACAGGCAGCAAGGAGAGCGGGAAAGGCAGUGUGUCCCGAUGGGAACGACGCAGCAAAGAGAAAGGGAGGGAAGAGGCUUCCAGCUCGAAGGUGGAAAUUGAGACUCAGCAGCAGCAGCAGCAGCAAAGGCAAACGCAGCAGAAUCAGAAGCUGAAGAAGAGGAACGGUAGCAGCAGCAGCAGCAGCAGCAGUCAGAGUGGCAGCGACACUAGUGCUGGGGGUAAGAUCGCGUCAGGCACCAUAACCUCUGCUUCGUCUGGCAGUACAGGCACUAAGAGGAGCUGGAGCAGGAAAAGCAGAGCUGGCAGUGGCAGUGGGAGCGACAGCGACAGCGACAAGGAAGAUGGAAGUGAGGGCGAGGAGGGAUGUGCAAGGAGUGAUUUGGGGUCAAGCAGAGAAGAGAAAGACUGGAAGGAGGUCUGGUCUUCAAUCGAAACCGAGGUGAAUAACGCUGGUGGCAGCAGCGGUGCUACAGAUGGCUCGUCCCCCACUCAGCCUCGGCGGAAGCUGCCACCAAUCACAGGUGAGAUGGUCCUCGCCAGCAUGCAGAGGAUGGCAGAGGAGAGAGCAGCAGCCUCUGCAGCUGCUGCUGCCGCCGCUGCUGCUGCUGCUGCUGCCGGUAGUGAUGACGACGAGGAGGGGCAGAGGAAGGUGAAGGGAGUGAGUGGACGAGGGAGAGGGAGUGGUCGGAGUGGGUUGAGUGACCUGGAAUUGGAUGACUUGGAACCGGUAGUGGUGAAGGAAGAAUGGGGAGUGGAACUAGAGCGGUUGCGUGGGAAGCUUGCGGAACUGAAGAAUAGGAUUUGAUAGACUGCUUGAAGAUGGCAUGUCAUUGAUAAUGAUAGGAGGGGUGAUGCUAGCCAAGGGCCCUAAUACAAGAAUAGGCUUCCUUUUCCAACCUAGAUUAUGCGAUGAGCAUAUAUAACGGGCUGGAGAGGUUGCAAACGAGCCAGUGUCAGGAGAAUUUGAGCCGUCGAUUCGGCAUCCAUCCUAACC